AUGAGUUCAUCAGAAGAAACUGAAAAUAUUCAAACAUUAUUUCAAUACCAGCAUUCAUUUAUAAUUUUCAAGGUCAUUUCAACAGCCUGUGAGCUAGGUGUCUUCGAUCUCCUCAGUGAGUCGAGGGAACAGCUGACUUCCACAACUGUUGCUGAGCGCUUGAGCACCAGCCCCAUUGGGAUGCAGAGGCUGCUGGAGGCCUGUGUGGGGUUAAGGCUCCUAACACUAGAAAGGAAGGAUGGCAAAGAUCUUUAUGGAAAUACAGACUUUACCAAUCUCUACCUGGUCAAAUCAAGCCCGAAGUCUCAGUAUUAUUGUAUAAAGUUCCAUUCUGAAGUUGUGUAUCCCUCAAUGCAAUAUUUGCCUGAUGCUGUGAGGAAAGGAAAAAAUCAGAUUCCGUCAAUAUAUGGCUCUCCCUCAAACAAGACUUUUGAGGUCAUUUACAGCUCAAAGGAAGAGUUACAAACCUUCUCCAAUUUCAUGAAUGAGCUCUGGCCUGUGCUAGGAAGAGAAGUACUUUCUGCCUUUGAUCUGUCCCAGUUCCCACUCAUUUGCGAUCUGGGUGGAAGCACUGGUGGCUUAGCUAAGGAAUUGAUUUCACUCUACCCAAAAUGUACUGUGACCAUUUUUGACCUUCCUGAAAUAGUGGAAGCAUCCAAGAACCAUUGUUUUCCUUCAGAAGAGACCCGGAUCACUUUCCAUGCAGGUAAUUUUUUUAAAGAUCCCAUUCCUGAAGCAGAUCUGUACAUUUUGGCCAGGAUUCUCCAUGACUGGUCGGAUGAGAAUUGUUUGCAGCUGUUACACAAAGUGUACCAAGCCUGCAAACCUGGUGGUGGUGUCUUAAUAGUGGAAAUGCUUCUUGAUGAAGACAGGAGAGGGCCUUUAGCAGCCCAUAUCUACUCCUUGUUAAUAUUGCUCUACCUUGAAGGGAAAGAACGGUCAGCAACUGAGUUGAAUGUGCUCCUCCACAAAGCUGGUUUCCAAGAAAUUGAGCUAAAGAAAGGAAACCUCUUUCAUAUUAUUCUAGGAAGAAAAUAA